AUGACUUCAAAUGGCCCUGAAGAUCAUCCAGAUUUUGCACCAAUUUAUCGCAAUUUGGGAAGAACAUAUUACGCACAAGCUAAAUUUCAGAAUGCGUUAGAAAUGUUUGAAAAAGCUCUAGAAAUCUGGAUAAAAGUUCUUACGACUAAUCACAUGACGCUUGCACUGUUGUACGCUGACAUUUCGUUAGUCUACGACUCGCUUGGCGAAUACGACCAAGCACUUGAAUAUUUAAAGAAAUCUCUUGAAACAACCCAGGAUUCUGGUUCAGAAAUCUGCUCUGGUUUUGCAGCCAAAUGUAAUCAACUUGGUACAGUAUAUUAUAAACAAGGCAAAAUCGAAGAGGCACUAGAAUUGUAUGAGAAAUCUCUAGAAAUUCAACUGAAAGUCCUUCGUCAAGAUCAUCCUAACCUUGGAGCAUGUUACGGUAAUAUAUCGCAAGUACAUUCUGCUCGAGGUGAUUACGAUAAGGCAAUUGAAUAUUUAAACCAAUCACUUGGAAUUCAACUAAAUAGUCUUCAUCCAAGUCAUCCGUCCUUAGCUGUAACCUACAAUAAUUAUGGGCUCGUAUAUUAUAACAAAGGACAACUAGAAAUAGCAUUAGAAUUCUAUGAUAGAUCUCUUGAGAUCCAAUCAAAUGUUCUUUCUUCUAACCAUUCUGAUCUUGCCACAACUUAUAAUAACAUUUCAUUAGUUUAUUGUGCCUGUCGUGACUAUGAAAAAGCACCUGAGUAUUUGAACAAAACGCUUCAAAUCAAAUUAAGUUCUCUUCCAUCCGAUCAUCUCGAAGUAGCUACAACUUAUUCUAAUUUAGCAGCAGCCUUGUACCGGCAAGAUAACAUGACAGAAGCCUUGCAUUGUGUACAGAGAGCAUAUGAUAUUCAUAUCAAAAUUCUUCCAUCAGAUCAUCCUGAACUUCUUCGCAAUAUAAACUGGAUUAAGCGUAUUGAAGAAGAAUUAGUUUCAACGCAACAAAACGUCGAUUGA